AUGUCGAUCAUUCGAUAUCGAUUUAAAGCAGACAAAAAUUUUGAAUCAGUAAAUAUCGAUGGUAUGAAUUGUUCUCUUGGAGAACUUAAACGUUUAAUUGCUGCAAAAUUAUCACGUUCAGGAAGUUACUAUCCUAAAGAUGAUUAUGAUUUGAUCAUAAGCAAUGCCAACACUCAUGAAGAAUAUAGAGAUAAUUCGGAUUUAAUACCUCGUAAUGCAAGUGUUAUCGUCGCUCGACGUAUGCGUGGAGCAGUUGAUACAUUAACACCAUUAUCACAUCAAAAACCGGUUGCUUCAUCAGACGAUAUCGUGAAAGAUAUUCUUCUACCUGCCAUUAUGCAUCACAAUCAAAAUGCUGCAACAAUGUCAGGAACAUCAUCAUCAACGGUUGAAACAAAUAUGGCUUCGGUGAAAAAGAAUCCAGAAUCGACAAGUAAUACAUCAUCAUCAUCAAAAGAAAUGACUGAAGGUGAAUUAAUUAAAGAAAUUCAAAUGGGUUCUCAAGCUCGUUAUGUAACACCACAACCAUCGUAUCGUACAAAUCUAUUUGUUUGUCAUAAUUGUAAACAGCCUGGCCAUAUAAAAAGUCAAUGCCCUUUGAUGCUGCAAUCAUCCAAUUCGAAUUCGAGUGGUAAUACCUCGAAUAUAUCAUCAUCAGCAAAUGAUGCAUCCUUGUCAACAAAUUCAAAUUCUAAUAGACAAUCUCACGCACAUCCAUCACAUAUUGUUACACGCAAUGCACCAUAUCCGAUGUCCUAUCAUCGUGGAAAUCGUGGUCACCGUGGUGCUGGUCACCCACGUGGCGAACCACAACCUAAGAAAACUACAGGUAUCCCACGUGAUCGUCUUAUUCCGGUUCCAAAACAUAUACCUGGUGCACUGAGAGAUCAAACUGGCACUUCAGUUGUACCAAAACCAAUGGCAGAACUAUUUGUCGCCAGAAUCGAAAAAAAGAAAGAUGCAUUAGCUCUAUUGGCACAACAGACCGAUGAGAAAGGUGUUUCAUUGCCGAUAUCGUCGUCAUCAAAAUCGACUGAUAAUGAACUUCCACCUAAUGAUCUUCUUUGUCCUCUAUGUAAACAAGUUUAUAAUGAUGCUGUUAUUACACCGUGUUGUAAUCUAAGUUUUUGUGAUGACUGCAUUCGUACAGCUUUGAUUGAAAGUUCUGAACAUGAAUGUCCUCAUUGUCAUUGUCAACAUGUAGCGAUUGAUCAGAUAAAUCCAAAUUUAUAUUUACGAAAUCAUAUCAAACGUUGGUACGAAGGGCAGAAUCAAUCGUCGUAUUCAAAUUUGUCUCAAUCACAACAUUCAGCUCAUACAUUAGAUCAAGAUGUUGAUACAACACCAACAAGUCAUCAAAGCUCUAAUGAUGUUGAUGAGUAUGAUCCAACCACUCCACAACAACCUGUUGUUCCAAUCAAAACAGCACCUAUUAUUAUAAAAAUGCAAUCACUUGGAAAAGCACAAUCACCACCACCACCACCAAUUGUUUCAACUCGACCAGCUGAUAUGACAUUUGAAGAUGAAAAAACAUCUGAAAUAGAUCAAACAAUACCGAAUCAAAAAGAUGUUAGCGUAAUGGAACAAACAACAGAAUCAUUUUCAUCAUCGACUAUUAAUGACAUUGAGAAAGCAGAACGUGAAAUUCCGUCAUCUCAAGUUGCAUCUGUAAACACAAUUUAUUCGUCACCAUCACUUGCAACAACUAUCGCACCAACAAAUCCUGUUAUUCCUCAUUAUUAUUCAGUCCCUCCACAUCAAAAUGUUAUGUAUCCUCAUCAUAUUCCACCAACAACAUCCAACGGUCUUUAUCAAAUACAGCCAAAUUAUUAUCCACCACCAAUGGGAGUUCGUUAUCCACCUGCUGGUAUGCAUCAUUAUCCUGCAUAUGCACCAGCUCCACCAAUUCAUCACCAUCAUCAUCCUCCACCACCACCUCCUCCAAUUGUUGCUCCACCACACAUUUCGACAAAUGGAUACAAUCUACCUGCUUUUCAUCCUCAUACAGCUGCACCGUAUACAUCAACGUCAACAUUUAUUGCUCAUCAUCAAACGGCAACUCAACCAAUAUCUACAGCGCUUUCGGAAAAUGAAUUUUAUAUGAAACAACGAUAUUUUCAACGAAUCCAACAGUCCCCUAGUCGUCGUCGUUCGCGUUCUUCGUCGUAUUCAUCUUAUUCAAGCAGUGAUUCUCGUAGCUCCUCACGGUCACGUUAUAAUCGUCGUCGUCGAUCAUCUCGUAGUCGAAGUCGUCAUCGUGUAAAAUCACCAGUACGAGAUAAUCGUCGUCAGCGACGAUCAUCUUCUUAUCGAAACCGACGAAGACCCAUUGACAGUAAAGACAAGCCAUCAUCAAAAUAUCGACGAUCACCACCACCAAGACCAUCUCGAGAUAAUGAGAGACGGCGUUCGCCUCGUCCACCACCUACUAUUCAACAAUCUACACAACGUACGAUUGUCUAUUUACAAGAAUCUUCACAUUCGAGUCGAGAUCGUCGUCGAACAAGAAGUCGUUCACGUGAAAUUGAUGAUCGUGUUAAUUCUUCAUCGAAAAAAGAACAACAACCACAAGCAGAACCAAAAGUUUCUUCGUCUGCUUCACCCUCAGUACGAGCACCGACAACUCUUUCGUCGAAAAUUGAAACUGUGGUAGAAGAAACACUGGGAAAAGUUCAAGAAGAAAAUUCCAAAAAUGGGAAAAAGCAUAAGAAACAUAAAAAACAUCGUCAUUCAAGUUCGAAAAGUAAAAAGCGUCAUCGAAGUAAAGAUAAAGACAAAAAGACCAUCGUUGAUACAACAACAUCUGUCAUUGAAAUUCAUUCAUAA